AUGGUAAGUGAGCCAUUUGCGUAUAUGGCAACUAGGCCGGGCCCUGCCGAACAGGGGCCAUACAAACAGCACAACAUAGAGUCCUUUCUUCACAUGAUAAGUAUCUCUUGUCGACACAGAAACAAAGCAGGCCUUGACUACAUGAGUACCGAGGCUAUAGGAAAGCCUCAGUUCAAGGAGUAUCCAGUGGCUUGUCAACAAGAAGGCGUUUUGGGGGCCGAGUUGAAGAUGCCCGAUUAA